AUGUUACUGCAACAUUUGUUUUUGUUUUUAUAUCAGUCGUGUGCUGAACAACAAAUCAAACAACGACAGCAGGUUGUAGGCCAUCCGAGGUUAAUUGAUGAACAAAAAAUUAUACGGCGUUUGCUGGAAGAUGAGAAUUCGGAUUAUGACUGGCGUGUUCGACCAAGAGGUUCAGUUGAUCCAAAAGUGCAAGAAACGCCAGUCAAUGUUGCUGUUAAUAUGUACUUAAGAAGCAUUUCAAAAGUUGAUGAUGUGAAUAUGGAAUACAGUAUGCAUUUCACAUUCCGUGAGGAAUGGGUUGAUGAACGAUUGCUCUUUGUUAGCGACUCGCUAUCGCACAUUGUAUUGUCACCAGGCCAGAAGAUCUGGGUACCUGAUACAUUUUUCCAAAAUGAAAAAGAUGGGAAAAAGCACGAUAUUGAUACACCAAAUAUUAUGAUACGCAUUUAUAAUUCAACCGGGAAAAUUCUCUAUUCCUGCAGGAUUCGAGAUUCAACCAUACAAAAAAGAUGGUUGAAUGCACUGAAGCACGUCAUCCUCACUUGGUCUCCAAAUCCUCACAAGAAAUUGACAUUAACACUGAGUUGUCCAAUGCAGCUGAAUGAUUAUCCAUUAGAUAUGCAACAAUGUUACAUUGAUUACGCAAGUUAUGCAUAUACAGCCAAAGAUAUUGUUUAUCACUGGAAAGAGGAACGACCAAUUCAAAUCAAAGACGGCUUACGUCAAUCGUUACCAUCAUUUGUUCUUUCAGAUGUUAAAACUGGCAACUGUACAUCUGUCACAAACACAGGAACGUAUAGUUGUUUACGAACAAUUAUCGAACUGAAACGUGAAUUCAGCUACUAUCUUUUACAGUUGUAUCUACCAUCUUUCAUGCUUGUUACCGUUUCGUGGGUAUCGUUUUGGUUAGACAAAGAUUCGGUAGCGGCCAGGGUAACACUUGGUGUAACCACAUUGCUCACUAUGACAACUCAGGCAUCUGGCGUGAACGCAAAUCUUCCACCAGUCAGCUAUACCAAGGCCAUCGAUAUCUGGAUUGGAGUCUGUUUGGCGUUUAUAUUUGGUGCGUUACUUGAAUUUGCGCUUGUCAACUGGGCAGCUCGUCAGGACUUAAUUCUUACUAUUCGAUAUCAACCAUAUCUUCUAAUACGACAGUCAGUAUUCGAAUGUUGUCGCUAA